CGGUCGUCCGCGUCGUCGGUGACUCGCGCUCGCUCACGCGCGCGAACACACGCGGUCGUCGGUACCGGCGAACUUCCGUCCGCGAGCGCGCGAUCGCGGCGGCGGGGAGGGCUCGAGACAGCCUCCGCGCGUUCAUUAUUGUCCGAGAGCUAAAAAGUCGCCGUCUCCGCGCGUCGAGACUCCGCUCGCCAUGGGCUACGUCGUCGGCGACGACGGGCUCUCCGUGCAGGACGCGGAGACGCUCGACGCGAGCACGCUGACGCCGCUCUCCCCGGAGGUCAUCUCGCGCCAGGCGACGAUCAACAUCGGCACGAUCGGGCACGUCGCGCACGGCAAGUCCACGGUCGUCAAAGCCAUCUCAGGCGUGCAGACGGUCCGCUUCAAGAACGAGCUCGAGCGCAACAUCACGAUCAAGCUAGGGUACGCUAACGCCAAGAUCUACAAGUGCGAGGACGACCUCUGCCCUCGCCCCGCGUGCUACCGCGCGUACGGCAGCACGUGCCCGGACGCGCCCGACUGUUUGGUCCCCGGUUUCGAGGACAAGAAGAUGAAGCUCGUGCGGCACGUCUCCUUCGUGGACUGCCCGGGGCACGAUAUCCUCAUGGCGACGAUGCUCAACGGCGCCGCGGUGAUGGACGGCGCGCUGUUGCUCGUCGCGGGGAACGAGUCGUGCCCGCAGCCGCAGACGUCGGAGCACCUCGCCGCGGUGGAGAUCAUGCGGUUGGAGCACAUCAUCAUCCUUCAGAACAAGAUCGACCUGGUGCAGGAGAACGCGGCGGCGAACCAGUACGACGCCAUCUGUAAAUUCAUCCAAGGCACCAUCGCGGACGGCGCGCCCGUCAUCCCCAUCUCCGCGCAGCUCAAGUACAACAUCGACGUCGUGUGCGAGUACAUCUGCAAGAAGAUCCCGGUGCCGAAGCGCGACUUCACGUCCCCGGCGAACAUGAUCGUGAUCCGGUCGUUCGACGUGAACAAGCCGGGCGCGGAGGUGGACGACGUGCAGGGCGGCGUCGCGGGCGGGUCGAUCCUCCAGGGCGUCCUCAAGGUUGGCCAGGAGAUCGAAGUCCGCCCGGGGAUCGUGUCCAAGGACGCGGAGGGGAAGAUCAAGUGCCGGAGCAUCUCUUCGCGGAUCGUCUCGCUGUUCGCGGAGCAGAACCAGCUGCGGUACGCCGUGCCCGGAGGCCUCAUCGGCGUCGGCACGACGGUGGACCCCACGCUGACGCGCGCGGAUCGCCUCGUCGGGCAAGUCCUCGGCGAGGUCGGGAAGCUCCCGCAGGUGUUCACGGAGCUGGAGGUGAACUUCUUCCUCCUUCGGCGGCUGCUCGGCGUGCGGACGCAAGGGAGCGAGAAGCAAGGGAAGGUUGCGAAGCUCUCCAAGGCGGAGGUGCUCAUGCUGAACAUCGGGUCGAUGUGCACGGGCGCGCGCGUCGUCGCGGUGAAGAGCGAUCUCGCGAAGCUGCAGCUCACGUCGCCGGUGUGCACGAAGGAGGGCGAGAAGGUGGCGCUGUCGAGGCGGGUGGAGAAGCACUGGCGGUUGAUCGGGUGGGGUCAGAUCCAGGCGGGGAUCCAGCUCGGGGAUUGACUCUGACUCGACGGUCAAGCAUCGAGCGCGAGUCGAGAGGGGGAGAGAGAGAGAGAGAGCGCGACGCGGUGGUCGACGUUGUGACGAUAACCGAAGGCGUCCUCUGUUU